AUGUUCACACCGAAACCCCGGCACAAAGCACUUCAAUGUGAGUUUGUCGCGAGGGUAUCCGGGAUCCCCACCAUGGCCAAGCUACCUUACCGGGACACUGCGGGCGGCCUCGAUGCAGCCUUCAUCGGUGUCCCGAUUGACACUGGAACUUCCAACCGACCCGGAGCAAGGUUUGGUCCAAGGCAGAUCCGAGUGGAAUCAGCCUUGCUGAGGACCUAUAACAGUGGUACCAGAGCUGCUCCUUUUGAGUCUCUUGUGGUGGCCGACAUCGGGGAUGUCAAUGUGAACAUGUAUGACCUGAAGGACACAUGCAGACGCAUCAGGGAGACUUAUAGAAAGGUGCUGGCCUCUGGUUGCAUCCCUCUGACAAUGGGUGGAGAUCACACAAUUACAUAUCCUAUCCUGCAAGCUGUAACUGAGAAACAUGGACCGGUGGGGCUGAUCCAUGUGGACGCUCACUCUGACACCAGUGAUGUGGUCUUGGGGGAAAAGAUUGGCCAUGGGACCCCGUUCAGGCGAUGUGUAGAGGAAGGCCUGCUGGACUGCAAGCGAGUGGUGCAGAUCGGCCUCAGAGGUUCAGGCUACUCUGCUGAUUCGUACGAGUGGAGCCGGGCCAAGGGGUUUCGGGUGGUGCAAGUGGAGGAAUGCUGGUUCAAAUCUCUGGUACCUCUAAUGGAUGAGGUCAGGGGUCAAAUGGGCAGUGGUCCCGUGUACCUGAGUUUUGACAUUGAUGCUCUUGACCCAGGCUUUGCCCCUGGAACAGGGACACCAGAGAUUGCUGGGCUCACUCCAAUUCAGGGUGUUGAGAUUAUUCGAGGCUGCCAUGGACUGAGCCUUGUGGGAUGCGAUCUGGUCGAGGUGUCACCACCCUACGACACAACAGGAAACACUCCACUGACAGGUGCCAACCUCCUCUUUGAAAUGUUGUGUGUUCUCCCAAAUAUUAAAUACUACUGAUCCUUUA